CAGCAGCAGCAAGCCCUCCUCCUCCUACAGUCGGGGUUACAUAACAAAAAAAAAGCUUUCUUCUUCCACAUUCUUAACACUUGCUUCCCUUCCAUUUGCCUUUUUUUUUUUUUUUUUUUUUUUUUUUUUUUUUUUUUUUUUUUUUUNUUUUCGGGUGGCAGCAAUUAUUCAACUGGAGCUUCCCUAUCAAGAAAAAAGAAGUAUAGAUCGAUCGAAUUUUUCGAUUUUCUCCGAAUUAGAUUUUUUGUGGGAUUGAAUCAAGGCUCGUAUUGUAUCAGCUGUGGAAUUUUAGAGCCAAUUGUUCCGUUGAAUCGAUUCGAUCAGAAGCUGCGAUUUAAGUCUUUUUUUUUUUUCUUGAAUCGAUCAAGUUAGGGUUCCUUCUUCUUCGUGUGUGUGUGUGUGUGGUUGUGAAGAUUAGUAAAGGGGAGAUGGAGAAGAAGAAAGUGGCGACUCCUUUAGUGUGCCAUGGUCAUUCGAGACCUGUUGUUGAGUUGUUCUACAGUCCAAUCACUCCUGAUGGUUUCUUCCUCAUCAGCGCCAGCAAAGAUUCUCAUCCAAUGUUGAGAAAUGGGGAAACUGGAGAUUGGAUUGGUACAUUUGAAGGCCACAAAGGUGCUGUCUGGAGUUCUUGUCUCGAUAACAAUGCUUUGCGUGCUGCUUCCGCUUCCGCUGAUUUCUCUGCGAAACUUUGGGAUGCUUUGACCGGGGAUGUCCUGCAUUCUUUUGAGCACAAGCAUAUUGUUCGAGCAUGUGCCUUCUCCCAGGAUACGCAAUUUCUACUCACAGGAGGAUUUGAGAAAAUUCUUCGUGUUUUCGACUUGAAUCGCUUGGAUGCACCUCCUACAGAGAUUGAUAAAUCUCCUGGUUCUAUUAGAACAGUAACAUGGCUUCAUGGUGAUCAAACUAUAUUAAGUUUUUGCACUGAUAUUGGUGGUGUCAGGCUGUGGGACGUGAGAAGUGGUAAAAUUGUGCAGACAUUAGAAACCAAGUCUCCUGCCACCAGUGCUGAAGUGAGUCAAGAUGGACGGUAUAUAACAACUGCCGAUGGGUCAACUGUUAAGUUUUGGGAUGCAAAUCAUUUUGGACUAGUGAAGAGUUACGACAUGCCCUGCAAUAUCGAAUCUGCAUCGCUUGAGCCAAAAUCUGGCAACAAAUUCGUUGCUGGUGGUGAAGAUAUGUGGGUUAGACUAUUUGAUUUCCACACCGGAGAGGAGAUUGGAUGCAACAAGGGACAUCAUGGUCCGGUACACUGCGUUAGGUUUGCACCAACAGGUGAAUCUUAUGCUUCAGGAUCUGAAGAUGGUACAAUCAGAAUCUGGCAGACUGGUCCUGUGAACCCUGAAGAGAUCAUUGAAUCAAAGUCGAAGCAGAAUGUAGACGAGGUCACUCGUAAGAUUGAAGGCUUUCAAAUUGACAAAGAAGGGAAAACCGCAGAGAAACCAUCUGAUGUCUAAAAAAUAUGGCUGCUUCUCUGUGCUUCUUCUUACUGUAUUUUUUUUUUUUGCUUCCAGACUGAAUGAGAGAAGAUACGAAAAUUUCAAACAAGUCUUUUAAGGAACACUGUCUUUGUCUUUC